AUGGACUCCCCCGUCCUCAAUCAGCUGCUUCGCCAGCUAUUUAGGCAUCCGGCCUGUCAAUCCCUGCGACAUUCGCCUAUCUCAUUACCGAGGGGACAGACUCGUUCAUUCCUCACGCGGCGCACUCCCGCCGUGAAACGCAAGCCGCAAGAUGGAGGCAUGCUCUGGACAAAACGAGGGGAUAUCAACAAAAACAUUGAUGAGGAGUACCAAACAUACCCGACCGUCACCGCAAAGGAGCUGCGCAAUCGGCGAGAGCGGCCCCGGCAGGUGAAAAUGUUGACGCGCGAGUUCAUUGACGACAGUCUCUAUAACCCUUAUUAUGGAUAUUUCUCGAAGCAUGCAACUAUUUUCACUCCUGGCGAGCCGUUCGACUUCAACAAUAUCGAUGAUGGACCAGCUUUCCACGCACUGGUGGGCGAGCGAUACACGGAAUUCGAAAAUCGGCUUGAUGAGAUCAAGCCUGAUAUUGCGCGCCAGCUUUGGCAUACCCCAACGGAGUUGUUUAAGCCGUAUUAUGGAGAGACAAUCGCGCGGUAUCUUGUUUCAAACUACAAGCUUACCCUAUACCCCUACCACGACCUGAUCAUCUACGAGAUGGGUGCCGGUAACGGUACAAUGAUGUUGAACAUCCUGGAUUUCAUUCGUGAUACCGACUAUGAGGUCUACCAGCGCACCAAGUUCAAGAUCAUUGAGAUUUCGCCCGCGCUAGCCGAUCUCCAGUUCAAAAACUUGACCGACGCCCUCGAUUCCCGUGGACACCGAGACCGCGUCGAGAUUAUCAACCGGUCGAUCUUUGACUGGGAUACGUAUGUGCACUCACCAUGCUUCUUCCUUGGUCUCGAGGUUUUCGACAACUUUGGUCAUGACACUAUUCGUUACGACUGCGCUACCGAGAUGCCCCAGCAAGGCGGUGUGUUGAUCGAUGGCAACGGCGAGUUCCACGAGUUCUACAACACCCAGCUGGAUCCUGUUGCAGCUCGCUUCCUGCGUGUGCGUCAAGCUGCCGCCCGGCGUCCUUUCCCCAGCCCUCUCGGCCCUCGCGUCCUCCGUGGUCUGCGGUCUACCCCGCCCUUCCGCAAGAGCCAUUCUCUUCCUGAGUACAUCCCAACACGACUCAUGCAGUUCUUCGAUGUGCUAAACCAGUACUUCCCUGCUCAUCGUCUCGUGGCUAGUGAUUUCAGUUCCUUGCCAGAUGCGGUGCCUGGAUUGAAUGCUCCAGUUGUCCAGACACGCUACCAGAGACAGACGGUACCUGUGACAACACCAUUUGUCCACCAAGGGUAUUUCGAUAUCUUCUUCCCCACUGACUUCAAUGUUGUUGAAGACAUGUAUCGUGCUGUGACUGGAAAGUUGACUCAGGUUAUGAGCCAUGAAGACUUUAUGAGCCGCUGGGCUUAUAUUGAAGACACUGAGACUCGAAACGGGGAGAACCCGCUGCUGAGCUGGUACAAGAAUGCCAGUAUGUUGAUGACUGUGUAG